GAAAUUUCGAACUUUUACUAGUUGAAACAUUUACUAAAUGGAUAAAUACACAAUAAGAUUGUAGGAAUUAACAUUGUAAAAGCAAUGUCAAAUAGAAACUGUAAUAUCCCAAAAUUUUCUGAUAUUUUAGCAUUUAGUUUAGAACUUGAUUGUGAGGAAAUAUUAUUUUGGGACUUAAUAGCCAAAAUUGCUAAACUUGAGGGACUUAAAAGAGAAAAGGAUUUGGAUAAGGAUCAGCUAUUUUUUCUCCUUUUCCUCUUUCUUCUUCAGCCCGAUUCUGCUCUUGUUCUUCAUCCCUUGCAGCUCCCAAAAGCCCCCAAGUUGCCAACUUCCAUUCUUGAAAAAAAAAAAAGUGGGAAAAACCUGGAAUUUUUUUUUCUCUCUUCUUUUCUUGCCCAAUAACAAGCUUUAGGACUUAGAACUCUCUCUCUCAACCCAAAAAUUCCAGAUCUGCUCUGCUUUUCCUCCCUUCUGCCGCCGAUUGGUAUUGGGUGUGAAUCUCGGUUUUUCCUAGUAAAAAUCAGCCAUGAAUUUUAUCUUUUUAGCUUUGAAUUGGCUUGGGUUUACCUUAAUUUCUCUUGGUUUCUCCAAUUUUGGUAUAUUUCCCAAAAUUCCCCUGCACUUCCGUCGGCCCUCCCCCAAACCCGCCAGCUCCAGCCUUGCUUGCUGAAAUUGUGGCAUGUGGCAGCUUCUCUAAGUCCAAAAUUUACCCAUUUAACUGCUGAAAUUUAGCCAUCUAAUUGUUGCCUAUGUGUCCGAAUUUUCUGCUGGAAAUGGGGGAGAAAUUUGACAAUAAUUAGACCAUGAUUUAGCUUAAUUCAUGUAGAAAAUUAGCUUAUUUUGGCUGCUGUGAUUUUUGGAGAAAAUCCCGUGAAUUAGCCAUUGUUUUGCCAAUUUAUGGAAGUGCAGUUACUGUUCAUGGCGUGAUCAUUGUUUACAGGCACUGUUCACGCACUGAUGGCCAACAAUUAACGGGGAUUAAAUGUUUAAUUUGUAAUAUAAGAACAAAUUUGGAGAUGUCCGAUCAUGUGGAGACUAAUAGAAAUAGCAUCUAAUUAGAGGUGAUCCUAAUGAAGUUUUCACUUUGAAUUUGUGGUAGUGCGGUAUUAAUUUUGGAAUAUUUUGAUUAGGUUCUUGAUCAUUGGUUGCCCUAGCACUUAGAUUGAGUCCUCGGUUUAUGGAGUGAAUUUUCUAUGUUAUGCGAGUGAGGUAAGUAAAUUAUGGUAACGCCCUUCGAUUUCAAAGCAUAUUUUAAAUUGUUUUUGAGAUGGUAGCAAGGUUUAAAUUGAUUUUAUUAGCACCGAGCAUGAUUAGUUUGAAAUGAAAUUGUUUUCAUUUGCAUUGAGUAAAGCAUGCCUACUUGGAAUUUAUUGAACUGCCUUGAUGAACUGAGAAUUUUGUAAAUUAUGAGUUUUUCUGUUAAAUCCAUGCUCACACAAAAAUUUUCCGAUUUAUUUCUGAAGUUUGAGAUUGAUUGUGAAUUACGGAUUUUUCUGUAAAUCCUGCAUGAUUUUGUUUCUGAUAUGGUCAUAUUUUACUGUGCUCGCUAGUGGGAGGUUUAUAAACGCUAGCACAUGUCAACAUGUUUGCUGAUAAGAUUGGUUCAUUCUGAAAUCCUGCCAAUGGGAUAAAACAUUGGUUACUAC